UGAAAAUACACAGAACAAGAAUGGUUUGGUAACUGAAGCCCAGGAUAUCCAAGUGGAACAUAACAUACAUGGAAGGUGGGAUUUAUCACCAAUGCAAGGAAAUGAGUCAAGUCUGCCACUUGAGGCUGCUGUAGAUACCAAUGGAAACAUUAGUAGUGACCACAUGGUGAAUCUAAAAUGCAUUAUUCCAGAUGAUAAUUUUACCACAGUUAGUAGUAGUGGCUCAAGUACUGUAAUUACAUCAAGACUUAUUAUGGAUCCAAGACUAAAGAGAAGAGAAGGAAACCCGGGAAAACAAAACACUGAGGUAGUUUUUCAUGGGAAUUCAACACCUGAGAAUGGGCUGGACUAUCUCAACUCAGAAAUGAAAAUAUCAGCCACUUUAAAUAUACCUUCGCCUGAAGAACCCCUUCUGCUUAAUGACCCAAAACAUCGUCAGCUUAGACAGAGACAUGUGGAGCAAGCAUCACGGAAAGAAGCAGCUUUCAUAAAAGAGUUUAGAUCAACUCUAGAUGCAGACAAAGAACACACUGUGGAAAACAAGCAAGUGGCUGGUAGCAUAACAACACUUCCUAAAGGAAUAGUGGAGCCUUUUGCAUUGCAGGAUGUUCACACACAUCCUGCUUCAAAAACCGUUAUUGAAGAAAAGCAUAUCACAGCAAAAGAGAACCAUAUCUGUGAUAGAAAAGACUUGAAAAUGCACCAGAUUACAAUGGGAGAACAACUGAGGAACUGUUCAUCGUUUCCAUUUGGAGACACAAAACCUGAGAUAGACUUGCAGGAGAGUUUCUCCAUGAAAGACAAAGCAGACCACUGCUACGUAGAAAAAAGUUCCAAUCUUCAUAAGAACAAUAUAAAGCAUUUAUCUGUUCAUGAUAGCAAAAAGAACUUAAGUUUCACUAAAAAGUCAAGGCAUAAUGAUCCUCCUCCUGAUCAAAAGUUCCAGUCUGUGUCAAUGGGAAAGUCAGUUUCAUCAGUACUGCCUGCUAACUUUGCCUGCAACACACACUCUGAAGCCAUGCCUCACAGCAUUGCAGAUUCAAGCAGCUCUCUGUAUUCCAGAUCUCAGAAGGGUUCCAAUCCUCAUAUGCCAUCAGUAGUAGGGAAUAUUUUCUCUUCCUUUUCUGCAGAUUGUCAAAACAAAAAUUCAAAGAAAGUACCUGCAGAAGACCUAAAAAAAGAAGAAGAAAGGUCACACUCAUCUCUCUCUCAUGCGUGGAGGCAGGGCAAAAUGUCAGUAGCACAGAACAAAAAUAAUGCAGAUAAAAUAUCUGAGAUUUCCCAUCAAGUGUGUAAUGGUCUUUACUCACUUAAGAAACAUGAUGAAGGGCAGGGUUCAGCACAACUGAACUGUUCUAAAAGGGAUAAAUAUGCCUCAGUGAAAGGAGGGCAGAAAUUUCAGGAAUCACAAUCUAUUAAUUUAACAGUUCUUGAGGAUAAUCAAAGACAUACUCCUGAACAGUCUUUGCAUGAUGAUAAAGGCAUGAACAUAGGCAUCCAACAUCCUGAAAGUAUUAAAUUUCAUGAAGGCAAGACAAAAUAUACUGGGAAAAUGCAUAACCAGUUCGAAGAAAAUAAUUAUACUUCUGAAAUAGGAAACAGUUCAACAGAUUCUUACUUAACAUGGGCUGAAAAUACUUCGGUCUCAAACAGAGACUAUGAAGUUAAUAGUGAGAGUUUUGAUACACAGGAUCAUACUUUAGAGAUUGGUGUCCAUGGAAGAAUGCAUCUUUUUAAACAUGCUAUGAGAAAACAACAUGCCAAAGUGGGAGAGGACAAGUGUGUCUGUCAUCACGUUGCCUGUGAAUCUGUUCCUAGUGAUCAGAUCGUUGGUGAAGAAAACUUUCGCCAAAGUAAGCUUCAAGACACUUUGCUUUCUGAAAAAGCCAAUGUUGAUGAAGGCCCUAUAAAGGCCCAUAAAUUAAUAUAUUCAGCAACUGAAAUUACAAACCAAAAUUGCAUAGGUAAAAGAGAAGAUCCUACAAAAGAAGUAAAAGGCAAUUCUUCCAUCAAAGAAACAAUGGAUGACCAGAUAUAUUUGUCUCAUGCUAUCUGCAGAACAGACAAAGUAUUGAGAGAUUGCUUCAAUAAAGAAUACUUAUGUUUCCUUGGAGAAAAUGAGCCAGUAUCAUUAGACAAACAUUUCUGCAGGGAUAGCCAAGAGAGUGAUUCUUCUGGAGCUGCAUUUUUAGAUGAAGAGCAGAGUUGGAUCUGUAAUCAGGAAAUGGGGACUGAUAUAAAUGUUCAUGAUUUCAACCAAAUGCACACAUGCCAACUUGAAAAAGAACUUAGCAACGUCCCAGGAAUCUGGAUGGAACUUUGUGACACUCCUCAUAUUCUGGAUUUUAAAAGCUCAGCUUCUGGUUUAAACUUAAUUUUUGAAGAAGGAUGUGCAUUAACAGAAGCAUAUUUGAUGGAAACAGAAAAUAUUGCCACUUUUACAAAGGAAAAGGGAAUUAUUCCAGAUAACAAAAGAGAAUCAGAAGAACUGUCUGCAACAGCAGAGUUUUGCAGACCUGCAGCACUGCCAGAGGCUCAUAAAUGGGAAGAGCAGAAUGCUGUUACGCUAAUCACCACUAUUUCCGUACCUUCUGGAAGUGUGGAACACGAAGAAAGAGGAUGUUCCCAACCUGAGGAAACAUAUGUUUCUGAGAGAAACUCUUCUUGCCAUGAAAAUAGUGUGCAGGAAAUAUUUAAAGAGAUGAAAGAGGAGAAAUGUGAGGAUAUUUUUCUCCACGGCUUGGAAUUUGAAAGUGAGAUUGAAAUUCCUCUGGAGCAGCAUGAGGAGUCUCUCUCAGUACCACAAAAUCCACAUAGUCAUGAGGUUGGAUCUGAUGAGGAGGUUGAUUCACUGUAUCAGUACUUGAUAGAUCGUAUAGACUGGGAAAGUUUGUUUGGAAACAGUAGCCAGAAGAUACUAGAGAAAAGUGAAGAUCAUUGUUCAUUGGGGAAAAAAUCUUGCACAAAGGAAGGUAAAACAGAAUCUUUAAGUACAACUAUGUGGCCUGACUUACAAAUUACAAUAACCAACAUACUUAAAUCAGGAGUCAGCCCCCCCAACGUUGGAAUUGCAAGAGAGAUGUGGAAAUGUGCAAUUGAAUCUCCAGGAUUAGAAGUCAAUAUGGAAUUGUCAGGGGAGCAAAGAAGUGAAGAAUAUAUGCAGAAUUUGGAUCUUACAAAUAAAAUGGAAACAUGCCUACCUAUCUGUGUUCAUGAGGCGGAUAGUCAUAUUCCUGAAAAAGAAAGCAAAACUUUCACUGCACCUGUUACUCUUUCUGAUGUAUUGAAUAAAGGAAGUAGCUUUUACAGUACAAAACCAAAAGAUAACAGUAAUGAAUCUAAGAGUAAAAAAGGUGUGCAAUCAAAACUUAAGAGAAAACAACAUCCACAUAAUAAAUCUCUAACAAAUAAAAUGAGGCCUCAGAAAGGUUCAAGACGUUCACCUAUAUGUAGAAACUCAAAACUUUGUGGUAAAAAGAGAGAACACUAUUCAUCUGAAAUGUUUUCUUUAUUAUUUGAGGGAAGAAUGAAGACACUUGCACAGUCUGAAAAACACAUAAAAAAUGUUCUAAAUACUCUUUGUAGUGAAGCAUCCUUAUGCAAAAGUAAGCGGCUAUCCAAAAAAAUAGAUGAUGCUAUGUUUCACUUAAGGAAAGCUCAGAGGAGAGUUCUCAAAUCUCUAAAAAUUGUAACUAAAGUUGGAGAGAAAAGACAAAAGGGUCCCUUACCAAAAUGUUAUGAAAUAAUAUGUAACGACUUAUGGGAAAGCUGUGAUCUUGAAGGUCAUAGUUUCUUGACAACUGGGAAGUAUUCUUCUGCUCACUUUUCUCAGAAAAGAAAGUAUAACAUAAAGGAAAAUAAGCGAACUGUAGCAUUUAAGAAAGCAAGUGACACCGUUACAUGUAUGCCAAUAAAACAAAGGUUUAAAAAUAAAGGGGAUAAAAUGAGAGAAAUGGUUUCAGAGGAAGAUAUGGAUGCAAGAUCCACUACAGGUUGUGCACCUGUUGUGUUGAAAGAUAUAAAUCAGAUACAUCACUGCAAUUCUGACUUAACUGUGGCUUCUUCUGUAACUUGUAGUCAGUUUUCAGCUGCUACCUGCAAGGCAUAUUUGGCUUUUGAGGGUGACAAUGUGAGAGAUACGAGAAGAAUAACGGAACUUCAGACAGUCUCUGAAAACUCUGUAGGUUUAGACGCCAUUGGGCUAGAAAAUCUGGAACUAACUAAUAAGGAGCACAAGGUGUUCGUAAAUGUUUCAUCUAAAAUUCAUAUUCAAGGAACUGCUGGCCGAUGUGGCAGUGUAACAAGACAAGACUAUAUCCCUGAAGCAAAUACAUUUACCAACAAAAAUAUCUUAAAACCUUUGAGCUUGCCUGUCGAGAGGGAUGAUUCUGUAGGAUUUUGUACAGACCAAAGAAAAGAUGGAGCUUGUAAGACUAAUGUAAACAUGAAUGCUGUCAUACAUACAUCACUAUUAAAAACAGCUGCAGAUAGCUGUUUAAAUGCAAACACCAACACGCAAGAUGUUUCCACGCUCUCUGCUAUUCAUAAAAAUCUGCAUAGUAUUCUUUCUACUGAAAAAGAGAGUAUAUUUUCUGCUGGCAGUGGGGAUAUUUCCACAAAUCGGAGUGUUGGUAUUGGAAACUUUUCGUCAGGCUCAAUGAGGCAGAUGCCUGCAGCAGGAGGAAAACAUGAGACCAGUGUAUCUCAAGUUCCAUUAGACCACGAAAUUAUUAGUGCUAAAGCUGCAUCUUUGAAAAUGAGCUCAAACAUUUCAUCUGAGAGAGUUUUAGAGACUGGUUCUUUUGAAACACCAACAGUACCUCUCAGCGGCCAGCUGCAAGAUAGAGGCUAUGACAGAAAAGAAACCUCAAAUUCAGGAAUGUGUUGUCUGAGUAAUUACAGUAAAGUAGCUGAAAAGGAGACACAUGGUACCGAAACUGUCAAAUUGGAACCACUGACAAAAAUUUUAUAUAAGAGAGAAAAUAAUACAGAGAUAGAGAACUAUUUAAAGAAUGUAUCUUCUGUGUCCUUAGUAUACAACACUCUGGCCCCGUUUUCAAAUCAGUACAUUUUGCAGCAAGUUGGACAGAAUACAUUUCCAACGAUAAAGGAAAUGGGGCUAGUGGAAAGCAAAGUGAAAUCACCUGUAAAUCUGUAUCUGGUAAAAGAUGUACCUGGGAGAUCCUCUGCUAAGGUCGUUUUGGAACAAAAGAGUAUAACACACAGAGAAGGUCACUGUAGCUGUAAUAAGGAAUACAGAUGCAUUCAGAGUUCUUCAAACAACAGCGGUGCUUUCACUGCACCUGGCUUAAGGAAGCCAGUUGAUAAAAAAAAUGUCAAAAGAAAUGAAGAUUGGAAAGAAAGCACUAACAAAGAUCGCCAAAUUAACUCAGAGUUGAAAUCAGGAAUCAUGGCAAAACAAGGUAUUCAAAGCAUUACUGGGACAUAUGAUGCCUCACCAAGCAAAACACAUGAGAAUCUUACAGCCCAUGUGACUAAAUUGAAUACAGAUAAUCUCUCCGGUGAUCAUCCUAACAAAUGUAAGGGAAUCAAUUGUAAAAACAAGCAUAGAGCAGUGGGGACAGAACUGAAAUCUCUUGCUUUCAUAACUGAAAUAUCAAAUAUUUUACAAAAAGCAGAUGAAACCUCAUCUCUGAAAAUAUUACAGGAACAGAUUAGAGUUUGUGAUAACCUUCUUCCUUCAUUUGUUAAAGCUUUUGAGGAAAAGCAAGGGUGUUCUUUUAAGCACAUCUUGGUUUCCCGAGAGUUACUGGUUGAAAGAAAGCUAUGGAAUAACUGUAAAUCCAAGUUAAAAUCAGAUGCUGUAGAUUCACUGGUGGAACUUCAAAUGGUAAUGGAAGCAAUUCAGUUCAUUGAAAACAAAAAGUGCUUUUUAGAAAGAGAGCCAACUUUUCGAAGCUUGCUUUGGUAUGAUGGUUCACUGUACGGGGAACUGCUUGGCAGGCCAUCAGGGUAUCAACAACAAUCCAAUUUCUUUCCAGCUUUCCAAACAAGGCUGAAGUACAAUGUUUUUCAUGAGCUACAGAGCUACCAUAAACAGUUAUUAGAGCUCUUUGAAAAAACAAGGUGGGAAAACAAAUCUUACUAUGCAUUCUUGAAAUUCAGACGAGAGAUUGAUGAGUGUGAAGCUGUGAUUCAACAUAAUUCUGAUUGCUUAGAUUUUUUCCUCUCUGUGCCUUUUACUUGUGGAGUUAACUUUGGAGAUACUUUAGAAGAUUUGGAAACUGUAAGGAAAAGUGCUGUGGAACUGAUAAAUAUGUAUAGGAACCUUCCAUAUGCUCACACCUGUGCAGAAAAAGAGGACCAUGUGUGGGUUAUAAUGGAAAUUAUCUCUACAAAGAUAAGCUUUAUAAAGGCGUGUGAAUCAAUGAAUAUGAAAGCAUCACUCUUUGGCCUUGAACAUAUAUUUUUUGACGCUGCUAAAAGUCUUGUUUGGAAAGACAGACGUCUGUUGUUAAAUAAAGCCUCUCCCAAUAAGAAAGAACAACUUCUGUGCAAAAUAAACCAAGAUGCUCUCUCCAAGCUAUAUGAAGUUUAUGAAUAUGUAGCUGAAGAGUUUAGAACUGAAAAAUCUAACAAUAUUACUGAGAAGAAAAAUGAUACAGAAAAGUCAAAAUAUUGUGAAAACAAAGGCAAACAUGGAGAUGAAAACUCUGACUUCCUCACUGUUUUGCUUUCACAUCCUGAUAUUUCCUGUGUUGGAGAAAUAUUAGAUGAAGCUCAGUUUGCAGACCUCAAGAAGUUACAUCUGCUAAUGCUUAGAUGUACAGAACGUUUAGAAAGUUUAAAAAUGUAUUUUCAGAUUUUGCAGGAGGAGGAUGUCAGUAAAAUCUUGAUCACCGAGGAAAAUGUGUUAGACACAAUGAAGAAUGAUGGCAUUAAUGGUGUAAUUUUAAAGCCUGAAGCUGUUGAGCCUUACAUUGAAGUACUAAUGAUGUAUGAAACAGUUCACUUUCUUAAAAAUUCAAUAGCAAGAAAAACAGAUGAACAGAGAUUUCGAAGCUUGUUGUGGUUUGAUUUAUCGCUUCUUCCUGAAUUGGCACAUUGCCAAAAGAAAAUGUCUUCCUUUUCAUUUCUGAAAGAUAAUUCAAUGGACAACCUUUGUAAAACUGUAGAGUCUGCCAUCUCUGAUCUGAAGAGUGAGCUGGACAUUAUUUGCAACUAUGCAGAAACCAUAAACUGCUCUUAUGCACUUCACCUUCUCACCAGAGAACUUUCAGAACUUUCGGAAACAAGAAAAUUAAUACAAAAUUCAAAGCCUUCGAUCUUCACGUAUGUUGAGUGUGUACCGUAUACCAUAUCUGUAAACUAUGGGAGUACUGUGACUGAAUUAGACUACAACUACAACCAGUUUUCUUUGUUGCUUGAAAAUUUAAUGUUGGCUGCUAGGAAAGAUUUAGGAAAAAUGGCUCAUAUUAUGAAAAUCAUGAAAACUAUUGAGCAUAUGAAGUUUGCUUGUGCCAAAAAAGGUAAAUCAGUCCUUUCUCUUCUGAUAUAUCAGAUGCUAAAUAAUUGGAGAAAGACCUGCCAGUUGAAAAGAAAGGGAGACAUGAAAAUGCAUCUCACUGAAACUAAAAAAAGUGUCUGUGAAACUCAAGCUCCAGGGUAUGUCAUCAAAGCUAGCUCUCAGUCCCAGAAAAAAAGACCUAGUUUUGUGUCCUCACAUGAAGAUGCUCCUGAGUAUACAGAAAGCUCUCCUCCUUCCAGCUGCAAAAAACCAAAGCUCUUUUCCCUCUCUUCUGCUGGGGAGUCACUGAGCAUCGAGGCCGGAGGGACCUCUCCGGUUCUGCAUCUCUAUAAUCAUCUUCCUCUGCCUUCUACCCCUCCCCACAACAGCAGAGAAACCCUGCAAGCAUCAAGCCAUGUCCAGGAGCUGCUGUUGGUGUUCUGAUGGCAGCAGCUUCAAAAAAUGGAGAUGAAAAUGAAACAUGCUGCCACAUAAGAGAGAAUGCAAGAGUUACUCCUCAAAAUGAAAAAGAUCUAGCGUUGAGUAUCUCACCGGAUAAUCUAGGAAACAAGAGGCCUCUAG